GAAAAAAGCUAGGGAAAUCCCAAAAAAAGACUGGUGCGGAAUAAUUUUUCACGUCUUGACUUUUUGAAGUCGCGUUCUCAACCUCAAAACAAACAUUUCCGCGUCUACUUCAAAACGUCAAAUUAAAGAUGGAUGAUACUUGUACUUCGCCGAAUUCAAAUCCAGAUGUUUGUCCAAAUGCAAUAUGUUCUUCAUCAAAUUCAAGCCAAAAAAGAACAUGUAUGCAAUGGAAUAUCGAAAAAGAUAUAAUGAUGAUGAGGGAAGUGGCAGCUUUAGGUGUCUUAAUUCAAAAGCCUGGAAGUAAAGAGCGUGGGCUGCUGUGGCAGCAGGUUUCUGAUUCAUUAAACAAAAACGGUUUCUAUGUUACAAGCAGAGGAGUACGAGAUCGAUUAUCUAAUAUUAUGAAAAAGCAUCGUGCUCAGGCGAACAAGGAAAAAAAACUUUCUGGUGAAGGUGGAAAAGAAAUAACUGAAUAUGAUAUUUUGGUUGAAGAAUUAAUUGAAGUCAGUGAUGACACAGAUGCUCAGAAAGAUGAAAAAUCUCAAGAAAAAAAAAAUGCAGUAGAUGAAGAUCGUGUGAAAGCUAUAGAUAUAAGAAAUACUGCUAUGGAGCGUUAUGGGGAAACAAGGAAACGAAAAGCCCUUAAUAAUGAAGACAAGUCUCCAAAGACAUCUCGCAGAUCAUCAAAUGAUACAUUGAUAUUUUUGCGUGAAAAAAUGGAAGCAGAUAAAGAAAAUAGACGCAUUGAGCGAGAAGAAAGAGCUGAAGCAAGAGCUCUUGCUCAGCAACAACAAAAUAAUAUUCAAAAUAUGUUUAAUCAUAUGUUAGCUCAACAAACAGAAAUAUUAAAAAUGCUAUUAGAAAAAAGAAAUUUGUAAAAAGAAGUUUUUAUUUUUAAUAAACUAAAUUUUUUCUUUUGAACUUAAUUGUUAUGUUAGCAUUUUUUUGGGAAUAAAUAAUUCUUUGUGUGACUAUCUUUUUAUAUUUUAAAGAAUCGUGAAAGUUUAGCAAUAUUUUCAAUA